GCUCCAUUCUCAAAGUGAGGAUGACGAUGAAGAGGUAAACAUCCCUGUGAGAGCGUGGCCCAGCCAGUCCAGCCUGCACAGCACAGAUGACAUCCUCAGGGAGCGUCCGUCCUCCUCUGCCAGCCAGACCAGCGCCAUGGUCAGCGAGCGACUUCAAGAGCUUGUGAAGAUGUUCAAAGAGAGGACAGAGAAGGCCAAAGAGAAACUCAUCGACCCCGACAGCUCGGAUGAAGACAGCAUCAUCACCUCUCCUCCUCAGCCGGACCCUGGAGCUCAAACAGUAGACAGAGAGGAAGUGGAUAAGCAAGGAGGACCUUCAGGAGGAGAAAGAGGAGGGGAAAUGGAUGGCGAUGAUAAGGAGGAGGAGGAGGAAGAGUCCGGCCGAUGCAGCAAACUGAGAACACCUCGGUGGAUACGAGCUUGUAUGAACGUCUGCCUCCCCGCCAGCAUCGACCCCUUCACCAAUUUUAUGUACGUCUUGUGGAUGCUUUUGGUGUCUUUGGCUUGGAACUGGAACGUGUGGUUCAUCCCGGUGCGCUGGGCCUUCCCCUACCAAACCCCCGACAAUAUCCUCUACUGGCUGCUGAUCGACUACGUCUGUGACCUCAUUUACAUCCUGGACAUCACAGUCUUUCAGCCUCGACUGCAGUUUGUGCGUGAAGGAGACAUAGUGAGCGACAAAAAGGAGAUGAGAAAGAACUACAUGAAAACCGUCCGCUUCAAGUUUGACAUUGCGAGUCUUGUUCCCCUGGAGUUUUUUUACUUCAAAACUGGCAUCAACCCUCUGCUGCGUUUACCCAGACUGCUGAAGAUCUACUCUUUUUUGGAGUUUAACGAGCGUUUGGAGGCCAUCCUGACCAAAGCCUACAUUUACAGGGUGAUCCGAACCACCACUUAUCUGCUGUACUGCCUCCACUUUAAUGCGUGUCUCUAUCACUGGACGUCUGCCUUCAUUGGACUGGGGUCCACCCAGUGGGUGUAUAAUGGGGAUGGAAACGGAUACAUUCGCUGUUACUACUUUGCUGUGAAAACUCUGAUCAACAUCGGAGGUGUGCCGGAUCCCACCUCCCUGUCUGAGACGGUCUUCCAGCUCAUCAACUAUUUCAUUGGAGUCUUUGUCUUUUCUAUCAUGAUUGGUCAGAUGCGGGAUGUGGUCGGCGCGGCAACAGCAGCCCAAACCUACUACCGCACAUGUGUGGACAACACCAUCAAAUACAUGUCGUCCUACCGAAUCCCCAGAGAUGUCCAGAACCGGGUCAAGAUGUGGUACAACUACACCUGGCAGUCACAAGGCAUGCUGGACGAACAGGAACUGCUGACUCAGCUUCCAGAAAAAAUGCGUCUGGACAUCGCCAUAGAUGUGAAUUACUCCAUUGUGAGCAAAGUCCCUCUGUUUCAGGGUUGUGACAGACAGAUGAUUUUUGACAUGCUGAAGAGCCUUCAUUCUGUCGUCUACCUGCCAGGAGAUUAUGUCUGCAAAAAGGGGGAAGUAGGUCGGGAGAUGUACAUCAUUAAAGCAGGGGAGGUGCAGGUGGUUGGAGGUCCUGAUGGGAGGACGGUGUUCGCCACGCUCAGAGCAGGAUCAGUCUUUGGAGAAAUAAGUCUGCUAGCUGUGGGCGGUGUGAACAGGCGCACAGCCAAUGUGAUCGCUCACGGUUAUGCAAAUCUCUUUAUCCUGGAUAAAAAAGACCUGAACGAGAUUUUGGUGCACUACCCUGAGUCCAAGAAACUGCUGCGCAAGAAAGCAAGAAAGAUGCUGAAUAAGGGAAAGAAACCUGAAACCAAAGUAGAAGCUAAGGAAGCCCCUCAGGUGCCUGCGGCGCCUCUCAGACCAGAAACUCCCAAACUCCUCAGAGCAGCGCUUGAGAUGGCAGAGAGAUCCUCCAGGCUUAAAGGUGCCAUGUUUAAAGUAAAAGAGAAGACAACUAAGUCCAGUCUUUCAUUGCAGCCAUCUCGCUCCUCUUCUUUAGCCCCUCCAUCCCCAACCGUGGGCUCUGGACCAGAGCGAGAUGCAGACACGCCCACUUCCGUCUCUGCCAGCUCCUCGCCAACGCGCUCCACCUGCAGAGAGCCCACAGCGCCUCCGCCUGCAGCGCAGCUCCACGUCAACGCCACGGAGAAAGAGGACGCCAGUGAGGACGGGGUGGAGAAGGCGGACCAAGAAAAUAACAGCUGAGGUUCCUGCAGUCCACGAGGAAACAAUGAAACGAUGGGCGUGAAGAGGAAGAAGAAGCUUGAAACUCAGAACCCAAAGAAUUCUGUACAGAACAGGAAACUCAAAGCAUAAGUAAACUAAAAGUAAAUAAAUCAAUAAAACAAAUAAAAAAAGAAGAAAGAUUGGAUUAAGUUGUGCUGGGAGGCACAAUCAACUCUAAUCGACUGUUUCAAAGCCAUUGUCUUCUUUUUCUGCAGCAAACAAAACAAAAAAAGAACUGUAACGCUGCUUUUCUAAUUGUUUACAUAUUUCUUAAAACCUCAAGUUUGCAUUUUUCUUUCUAAAUCCCCUGUAAAUACCUGAGGAACAUAGAAUAUUAUUGUCAUAUCUUGUCACAACAAUUGUUUUUUAUCAUAUCUUUUAGACUGAUUAAAUUGCUUCUCUAAAUAUCGUCAACAAAAGGGAUGUUUUACAUAAUGCAGCACUUACAAAUCACUUUAUAAAGUGUUGAACAAGAGUUCAUGUGUAACUACUUUACAAUAUUUACAUUAACAGUUUCUCCUGUUUUUUGGAGGUCAAAUGUAUAUUUAAUGUUUGCAGAAAAAUAUGUAAUAUAGAAAUUAUAAUAGUCACAGCGUGUCUUUUUUUCUGCAAAUAACCACAAUUUAGAAACCCUUUUUUAAUUCUUGUAUUUAUUUGGAGAUGUAGAAUUUGUAAUCUGUAAAUAGUCCUAUAUGUAAUGCUAUUUUUUUAGAAUAAAAAGUGGUUCUGUGAGUUGUAGAGUUUGUAAACCACAGACAUAUCACAAAGCUGCAGGUUUACAAUGGAAACAUGGUUGUUCCCCCCAAAUAUAAAAUCUAAUUUGAACUAAAA